AUGAGGCCGCGCGGGACUCCUCUGGCGCUGCGGGCGGCGUGCCUUCUCCACCACCUCCUCCACCUCCUCCUCCUCCUCGGCUCGUGCGCGCUCUCACACGUGGAGGAGGCGGAGAGCCCGCAGCGGCUGUUCCUCGGCUCCUUCGGCCUCUCCGGGCGGCCUCGGCCCGCCGCGGGGAGCCCGCCGCCGCCGGGCCGCCGCGUCCCCUCCGCGCUCUGGAGGAUGUUCCGACGGUCAGAGGGCGACGAGGCCCAGGAGAGCGAGCCCUGCACGGUGUCCGAGUAUGGAGUCCGCGGCAACAUCAUCCGCUACGUGCAAGACCAAGGCCGGCCGCUCUCCGGCUGGAGCGGCGGCCGCCUGGAGCAGCAGCUCUACUUCAACAUGUCGGUCCUGCAGCCCGCCGAGCUGCUGUCUCUGGCUCGGCUGGAGCUCACGUUCCACCGGGAGCCGCCGCGGGGGCCCCGGGCCCUCGGCGUGUCCCUGUACCGAGUGGUCCGGGCCGCGCUGAGGGGCGCCGCCCCCGAGGCCGGCCGCAGGCUCCUGCUGUCCCGGUCGGUGCGGCUGCGGCGCGAGCCGGCGUCCCUCGCCGUGGACGUCACGGCGCUGGCGGAGGGCUGGCGCCGCGAGCCGGGCCGCAACGACGGGCUGCUGCUGGAGCUGCUGGAGGCGGAGCCCGAGGAGCCGCUUCCCUUCCGGCCGGGCGGCUCCCUGCCGCCGGAGCCGGCCUCCGCCCCGCCGCCGGUCCGGGCCUCGCUGGUGGCCGUGUCCCUCGACCCUCGCCAGUGUCGCUCCGGGCGGGGGGGGCGGGGCCGGCGGAGCGCCGCCCACCCGCCGGUGACGCCCAGCAGCGUGUGCAAGGCCCGCCGCCUCUACAUCGACUUCAAGGACGUGGGCUGGCAGGACUGGAUCAUCGCGCCGCAGGGCUACCUGGCCAACUACUGCCACGGCGAGUGCCCGUUCCCGCUCAGCGAGAGCCUGAACGGCACCAACCACGCCAUCCUGCAGACGCUGGUGCACUCGCUGGACCCGCGCGGCACGCCGCAGCCCUGCUGCGUGCCCACGCACCUGUCGCCCAUCUCCAUGCUCUACUACGACAACAACGACAACGUGGUGCUGCGCCACUACCAGGACAUGGUGGUGGACGAGUGCGGCUGCCGCUGAGCCACACCACCCACCAGUAAAUGUGAGGUCAUGUUUAAUGUGUCUUAAUCUGAGUUAAUGUGAUUUAAUCUGUCUUAAUCUGUUUAAAUGUGACUUAAUCUGUUUUAAUCUUACUUAAUCUGAUUAAUGUGUCUUAAUCUGAUUUAAUCUGAUUUAAUGUGACUUAAUCUGUUUUAAUGUGUCUUAAUCUGAUUUAAUGUGACUUAAUCUGAGUUAAUGUGACUUAAUCUGAUUUAAUGUGAUUUAAUGUGACUCAAUCUGACUUAAUCUGAUUUAAUGUGAUUUAAUCUGUCUCAAUGUGACUUAAUGCUUAAUGUGACUUAAUAAUUAAUGUGAUUCAUUGUUUCUUCAUGUGAUUUGAUGUUCUGAUUGUUUAUCAGAUUUAGGUUUUCAGUGUCCAAUUUUUUGUUCUUCUUGGUCCGUUUUUAAAUAAUUUAACAUUUUGUAUUUGUUUGUUCUCCCAACGAU